AUGCCACCUCGUGGACAGAAGAAAUCUACACAGCCGGGUGAUCGUCGCCACCAAGUACCCACCACAUUCAAUAAUAGACCACAGGUAGUUCACUUUCGGCGGCUGGAAAAACCCAACGAAGAUGGUUUCUCUUUGGAGAUGUCAGGGAUGUUGACUUAUGAAGAUGUCACAAAAAGAAUUGCUAGCCAUCUUGGUCUGGAUGAUCCAAGAAUAAUAAGACUUACAUUGCAGAACCCUCACUUUCGGCAUCCUAAAUCCCAGCCUAUUCGCGACAAGAGUGUUGCAAUACCUUACAAUGAGAAAUCAAAUUUCCUUUAUUAUGAAGUUCUCACUACACCUCUACAAGAACUGCCAGGUUCAAAAACUCUUAACGUCACUUUUCGCCAUGCAAUAAAGGAUGAAGUGGAUCUGUCUCAUCCAAAUGCAGAACUUAGACUAUUCGAAGUACAGGAUCAUAAAAUUCGCAAGAUUUAUUCUCUUACUGAGCAACUGAAGGGAAUAUGUAAUCCAUACUGGACAUUAUGUGCAGAGGAGAUCCCUGAGGAAGAGAAAAUUUUGGGUCCUCUUGAUCGCUUGAUUUAUGUUUGUCACAUCGAUGAAGCAUUCCCAGGGCAAUUUCGUCAAUAUGGGAAGCCAUUUUUCUUUGUGAUUCACGGAUGGGAGACUGCCGCUGCAGUAAGGAUGUGCAUACAAAUGAAGCUGCAGAUACCUGGUGACGAGUUUUCUAAGUGGAAGUUGAAAUACUAUUCAUAUGGCAAGGGUCAGCAAACUAAAGUACUUUCCCUUGGAGACAACGCCAUUGUUUCUAGAUUUUUUCAGGGUAAAAAUCUUUAUGAAAAUUGUAGAGAGUAUCUUUGCUUGGAGCACUUUGAUAGGCAAAAUCCCCUGCGAAAAACUGAUGUAGCCAGUGCCAGUCUGGUAAGUUACAGCUUCUCAGAGUUGAUUAUCUUUUGA